UUACUGAAUGAGAGUGCCUUGAGGCUUUCCUGCGCCGUCGAUUCCUCGCUUCGCUGGGAUCGAUUUUUAGGGAAAGAUCCCACCAUUCAGCCCUGUCACUCAUGCUGAAGUUGAGUCAAGCCCCUAUAGCGUAAUGAAGCUUUUGAGCUUUACGAGGUCAAUUUGCUUUGUGGCUGGCUGCCUAUCCAUUUGCCUCAAAGUAUCUUCCCUUUCUGACAUGUCUGGCCAGAAUCCUCCUUUUUUCCAUCUGGUUUCCAAGACACAGCAGUCCAAACCUCAGCACAGGGAGGUCGCCACUUGCGUUUGUUAGCAUGAUCUUCAUUGCACCACUAUCACUAGUUCGCAGGUCGUCGGGGAAAGAUUAGUGGCCAGCCUGAAACACCUCACUGGAGUGUGUUUUCCUGCUCCUCUGCCCUACGUCCUUGCAGACGCAGAUUCUUCUCUAAGUAGAGAUGGAUGAUGCCGAUGCCGGUUGCGUGAUUUUGGGUAGCCGUUGCUUUGACAGGGGAGUGUGUUGGAAAAGGUCAGCUUCAAGCCGGGGUCUGUGUUAGCGAACAUCAGAGGGUGGGGUUGAGUGUUCAUUGGGGAGGAUCUCUAUGGGCUGGCGUUGGAUGAGACAGAUAGAGGAGGAUACACGAAGUGUUGGUUUUAUUCUGAGUUUGUGAAGGGAGUGUCCCUGUGAUUGCUUGAUUCUACAUUCAAGGUAAGGUGGAUGAUUUAAGCAAUAUUGGGCCGAGUCAAGCGAUCCUCCUGGUUGUGAUUUUGGUCUUAUUUUUGGUUGUCUGGUGUGGAUGUGUGUGUGUGUGGGUAUGUGUAUGUGUGUGUGUGCUCUCAAAUAACACUUUCGUGUUUGAGAUUUACAGCAAUGGUUUGUGAGCUGUGGAGUCGAUCUUCUAUUUCGUGUGAUUUUUGGGGGUGCUUAUUUGCUUUUAGUAAGUUUGGAUUGCGGAUCAUAUGGUUGAAUGUGUGGAAUGAAUCUGAGAAUGAGUAUAGUCAACAUAUGAAGUUUCUUUUGAAUAAGAGCAGAUCCAAUCAUGAACUUGGCCAUUGUUCUGGAUUUCGUUCGGCUUUUUCUCUGGGGGGGGGGGGAUGUAGUCAGCAUCUUGUAAGCAUCUAUACCGUGGCCAGUUUUUUGAUUGAGCAAUCGUGUAGAUGGAAUCAUCAUGUUUCUUGCUGUGUGGGGCAAUUUUGCUCUUCAAAGCUGAAGUGCCUCACAAAUAUCAUCAAUUUAAAAAUAAAUUUGAAGUUUUGUGAGUGCCGAUGGCUUGACUUGACCUGGUUUGUUGAGGCGUAGUGUCUCUGGUUUCGCUUUCCUAUAAUGUUAUCGAAAGUUUUGACGAUGUCAGGGGGGGAGUUCAGCAUCAUUGAACAGUUUUGACGGUAGGCAGAGGGCAGUUUCAUGUGAAAAUGCUCGUCAGGCAAGGUCACCCUCCAACUAGUGUCAGGGGAAAGACCUGAGAAUGCCGGCAAGCGAGUCGCGAGGACGGCCCAAGCUGGGUCCUUCUUUCAUUCACGUCAACCUGUACGCCUUAAAUUCAACUCUGAAGCUCUCUUGCUUGUCUCACUUCAUCACUUUGGAAUCGGCUUACAAGAUUUCAGACAUACCCAUAUUUUCUAAUGUCGGGACGGCGCUCAGAACGCUACAUGGUGUGAUCGGAGUGAUGAACAGUUAAUAUGAGCAGCUGCAAGCAUGUGGAGACAACUGAGACGCUCCUUAUGUCGCCUUAAAGUUCUUGACUCAUGUCCCUCCUCUGUGCCAGCGUCUGAUAUAGACUCUUCCACGAGCAAGAUGUCCAGUAGUAACGUUUGCGCCAUGUGAGAACAAAAUUGGCUGUCGACCUGAUCAUGCAGAACUCGCUGAAGAUUCUUCGAAACCUUUGUUUGGAUGGCAACUGUUAGCGUCGGUGCGUAUGAGAGCAACAUCAAUCAAGCAUCCUUGCCAGAAAUCCUCGCCGAUUCGCUACGUUGCACCUUGCAGCACACCUCUAACCCAUUGCCGAUGGCGAAAGGGGAGAUAACUGAAGUCGAGCCCCCAUCCAACGUCUUUAGCUACUCUUGCAAGCUCGGCGAGCGCGCUACAAGCGACGUGAUUGUCAGGUUACGCACGGUUCAUGGCCGUGAUGACUGGUUCUACUCACACUCUGAGAUACUCUGUGCAAAGAGUAAGUACUUUGCAGUCCGGCUCUCAGACGAUUGGCCGACAUACCACCUUCUGGAUUCUCGCAACUGCGUUGAAGUCAUCUGCAUUGAGAGCGACAUCGAUCACCAUGUCAAUUUGCUGCGCAUGCUGUAUUCAAACCUCGAGGAGCCGGUCGGGGACAUGUGGCACAGCGUGAAGAAUGCGCUCGGCAUGUUAAAAGUGGCCACCAAGCUCGGGUGCGAUGCUAUUGCAUCUAAAUGUGCUCUUUACUUGGAGGCUGUGCCGUGGGAAGAGAGCGAGGAAGAGGAGAUUCUGAAGGCAUUGCCGGCGAUCAUGAGCUCGACGCACAAACUGGUGGCGGGGCUUGGAGCAAAAGUUGAGCCCAUUUUGGCUCGGUUGCAGCCAGUGGACACGGCGUCGAUUCGGAAUGUAUUCCUGUCUGCAGUGCACAUGGCUACCUUGUCAGAGAGCGGAUCCAACAACCUUGAAAAGCUUCCGAGUGAUCUGAAAGUAGCUGCUCAGGAACAGGUUGAAUAUAUGCUAGAGGAGGAUGAUGAUGCCCCAUUGCUCAUAGCGGACGACAAUCUCAAAGCCGAGCUCAAGAAGCACUUUCUGAAGCUUUACGGAGAAUUCAAAGAUGGGCUUAGUGCCCUCGUCACUAAUUCAAUCCCAGAGAACUUGGAGGUUGCUGAGAAGGCCAUCCUGGAAAAGAUCUCUGAUCUUGUGUGGGCCUGGCGCAUGCUUCCUCAAGUAGGGCUUAUCUCCGACUUCGUGGAGCUUUGGGUCGAGGCUUCAAGUGACGUGACGCUGGCCUUGAACAGCGACAAGCUACGAGAUGCCUUUUGGAACACCAAACUGCAUGUUGUGGAGAUCACUGCAACCGUUCUUAAGGCAGUGGGCUAUGGGAAUGUAAUCCUCACUGCCAAUAAGCGCACCCAGCUGGUUAAAGUGUGGCUACCUUUCAUCUGCGAGACGAAGCCUAUACUGGACACUCUUUUCGCAGGGGAGAAAAUAGCCAUGGAAAUGGAUAUGGAUUUGUGUCAAAGCAUUGAAAAUGCUCUUGUGUCUCUUGUGUUGUCGUUGCCCUCCGUUGAUCAAGCUGAAAUAUUGGCCGACUGGCUUCGAUGGGAUCACGCCAGGUUUCCGGAUCUGAGCGAGGCUUUCGAGGUGUGGUGCUUUCGAACAAAAGCUGCCAAGCGGCGGUUGAGUAUUGAGACACCCAAGAGUGCAAAUGCUAUUAGCAGUGGAGGCCAGUUUCCCUACGGCCGCAACUGGGGUUCAACAAGAUCAGGAUCCGAGUCGUAUGCAAACUGUGUACUGCAUGAAUCUGUAGAGCACAAGAGGUUGCGACCUCGAUGAUCUGUGCGAUCAGAUUACUAAAGUAGUGCUAAUGACUGCGUCUAAGAUCAUCCUCCACGGAAACCUGCACCUAUGGUCCAAAUUGCAGCAACUGACGCAAAGUUCUGGAGGCAUCGGAAUUUAUCAGAAGCACCCAGCGCCUUGUCACCCAGCGCCUCUGCUCACCCACAGCAACCGACCUGCGAGGUCAUGCUUGUCUUGGGCCAUUACAGGUGAAUAAAGUGCAGCGUAUAUGUUUUUGGACUGAUAGCUUCGGAAAUAUAUUCUAAUCACGAAGAGAAUCCGCACCUUAACCGAACCGAAAUAUCAACAACAAGGACCCAGAUGAUGUGGCAAAGGCUAUUCCCAGAUUGUGUUAAAAAGCUUCCAUAUUCCUCCUACCCAUGACUACAACUAAGCAGUCUUCACUGCUAGCAUUUUUGUAGAUGCCAAUUGUCAGCAUUACUCGUUUGCUUUCAAAUCAAUCAGUCACUCUCCGCUUAUCAUAAAAGAUCUCAAAUGGUAUUAGUAUAAGUUUAGAGCUGAUUGCGGCGUUCGUAUGAUGUUCCUAUUGAGCUUGAGGCUAAAUUUCAGGACCCUGUCGGCGAAUUAAGAGAGGUUUCUGUGCACGAAGAAUACAGGGUUGGAGUGGAAAAUGAGAAUCAAUAUUCUCAAGCACGGGUCUGGUCUUUCAUCGAGAGGGCAGCAAAGGCAGGGAUGGGCACGCGAAACGCGUCGGUAGUUCAGGCUCACUACUCAGUUGUUGUAAUAAGCACUUCUGUCAUAUCCUCGUCUCGUCUACUAAGUCUCGCCCACCAUUGGAAUAGAACAAUAUCUGAUUCUCCCGUGGGCCGUCCCUCGCUUUACAGCUGAUUCAAAGGGAGCUGCGCAGCUUCUUGCAAUGGGACGACCCUAUGCGACGUGACAUCUUCAUGCCUCUGUGCAAUUGCAAUGCGAUUCGAUAUGGUAUAUUUCCUGUCACUACUCAAUUCCGACAUGAUUUUAAGCAUUCUCUUAACUCUACCAGGUGUGUUUUCUUUUCCUCGCAGUUGCGGCAGAUCUGCACUGCUCGGGUUGGAAACGGGGCAUCCUCUGUCCUAAUUAGGGUUUCCUGAAAAUUAGGGUGUCUUCAGACGAGAACUUGGUGGUAUGUGUCCUAAACUCGGGCAGACAGAAAAUCGGACAUAAAGCAGUGUGCUUUACCGCGACAUUUUUAUAAUUGUUGUUUGUUUUAUUGGAAGAAGACUCAUGGAAUAGCAUUUGAUCAAUGGAGUAAUCAGUUAAAAGAAGAGGGUAGAAGCAUUGGUAAAGGGUACUACAUCAUCAAUGCUCACAUUGUUGUGUGUAUAUAUGAUUAUUGGACCACAAUAGUAAUGUAUAUAUAUUUCAAGCUUAGGUUUUUAAACUA